AGUUUGUUGGUCGGGACCGUCCCAGGCAGUUGGCUCUGAACAGCAGCACCACAGAGUACCAACUGAAGAAUGCAGCCCACGAUACUGAGUAUGUCCUGUCUCUCUAUGUGCUGUUUGGAUCUGUGGUGGGGCCUGGUAUCAGUGCUACCUUCAGAACUUCUCCGUUGGGAUAUGUGUCCAACUUCAAGGUGUCGUCCUACACCAGUAUGUCCAUAGAUGUGGAGUGGAGUCCCAUUGUUGGAGCGACUGAGUACAAACUUUCUUGGACCACAG